AAUGUUAGUAAUAUCUCGGAGGUGAAAUGUCCCGAAGUCUGCCAGACAGAGUAGCGGGGCUGUAUUAUGCCCAUGGUCUUUUUUGUUCAUCUCAUCCUGUUGCUGUUCUUUCAUUGGCGAUAUCUAUUAUAUUAAUAUGUUGUUACCCGAUAGUAAAUCUGCCAAUGCCUGGCAAUGCACCCAAAGUAGUUAUCAAUACGACCGUGACAAAUGGAUCAAAUAAAUCGGAAAGUUCAUUGCUAUAUGUCCAGCAAGUGUCUCUGAGAGUUGGAGUCGUACCAUGGGCUGAUGAUCUCGCUCUGUCUGAUGCUUUUAGGGCGCCGCUUUAUGAAGUUUUUAAUUUACUGGAAAUAAUACAAAACUACCAGGAUCCAGAGACAUUAAAAACUCUUGGUAAUAUGUGUCUUCACAUAGAAGCUAUAAAAAAAAGAAACAAUAAAAAUCCUGAAAUAUUACCUGAGUAUAAUUGUCUCGUGCUGUCACCUGCAAAUUUAUGGCAACAGAGUAUUGAAAUGUUCAAUCGCGAUACUGAUAUUUUAGGCACAAUAUUUUCUUACCAGAAUCUUCAAAAGGGUAAAAUAAGUCUCGCUGAGAUGGUUUUUGGUAUGAAUUUAAAAGAAACUGGAGUCAGACGUUAUCCCGUCCGAGUAAGACAAAGAAUAUUACAAUACGCAGUAACAAUUUUUCUUAAAGAAUACAAUCCUAGAUUUAUCAAUGGCUUAAAAAACCGCCUAACAAAUUACUACAGUCUCCACCAAUCAAAAAACAACAGCACAAGCUUGCCUUCCGACGAGACACUUGAUAUAUUCUAUCCCGGGGAAUUUAAUUACAGCGAUUUUUUUCCGCUGAUGAUGACAUUUUUCGCGUUGUUUUUUUACGUGUACUUCUCAGUCCGUAAAAUAGAAUUAAUAAAAUCAAAAGUCGGCGUGGCAUUUAGUGCAACGAUAACCGUAAUAUCCUCGUUAUCAAUGACCGUAGGAAUAUGUUUUUUCUUUGGAUUGACUCUCAGUCUCAGUGGCAAAGAAGUUUUUCCAUAUCUAGUGAUAAUUGUUGGCCUUGAAAAUGUCCUGAUUUUAACAAAAAGUGUCGUCAGUACGCCAGCUCAUUUGGACGUAAAAAUUCGCGUCGCUCAAGGACUGUCCAAGGAAGGAUGGUCAAUAACAAAAAAUUUAUUAACCGAAGUGACCAUUUUAACAAUCGGUCUAUUCACAUUCGUACCAGCAAUCCAAGAGUUUUGUAUAUUUGCGAUUGUCGGUUUGCUGAAUGAUUUUUUUCUCCAAAUAGUUUUCUUUUCCACGAUACUGGCUGUCGAUAUUCGCAGAACAGAGUUCUCAAGUGAAAACACCAAGUUUCAUUUUACAAACUUCCCUUCAAUGCGCAAGCAGCAGUUCACGUCAACGAUUAUUAAUCACAGCAAUAACGGCUACAAGAAGCCAAAUAUAAUUCGUUCAAAGUCACACCCACGUUUGAAUGGUAUGACUUCAUCAGGGCCGACAAAUGUAAUAGCGCCGACUUCACAAAAUACUUAUACGCUUGUUAAAAUACCAAAGCGUCUUAGACUAGUACACUUUUGGGCACGGACACGAAUAUUCCAACGCGCAUUUAUGGUCUGGAUGGUCGUAUGGAUAAGUAUGAUAAUAUAUAACUCGGGAAUAAUCGAGCACUUGAUACAUCUCAGCGAUACGCUGAAAUCAGACUCAGAGAUGUACGGCUACACGGUCGACAGACCGCGAACAUUUAAAAAUUAUGUUGAGCUUAAAACCACAAAACCCGUUGUCACGACGACAAUAUUACCCAGUAUACUCAAUAAUACAAGUAAUAAUAAUAAUUACAGCAGUAAUAACAACAUCAGUAACAGUAAUCGAGCACACGAUAAAAAUAAUAUAACAGAAGAACUAAAUAAAUUAAAACCUGUUGAUUUUCCACCAUGGAACCGUCUCUCGCUCUAUCACUGGUCAUCUAUUCUUGCGAUGUAUAAUAUAUCAAUUGCCGGCGAACGUAUUACUGUACUGCCGACAAUAAAAAUAGCACAUACUGUUAAUCCGGAAGUUGCUAGACAGAUAAGUAAUCCUGAUGAUAUCCAACAAUUUCAGUGGCAGAGUUUGGCUACCGCUGCUCUAGAUCCUUUAGACUUUUCUGAUAUUGAAGUACCGACGAGAGAAAGCCGAGGGUUUAAUACAGACGCGCCAUUUGUACCAUCAAGUCCGAUGGAGAUAUUUUUGGCAGCGUUGCUGUGUUUAAUAAGCGUAAUUGUCGUUGCUUAUACAAUGGUAGUGUUGUAUAGGUGCAUUUGCACCCGUAAUUACGCCGAGUGGAGAGCAAGUUGGCAUCAGCAAGAAAAAACUCAAGACUCAUCGACGCAACUGGUACUGGAAGCUUUGCCGCUGGUGUUAGACGGGCACGCGCAGGAGAUUGAGUGUCUUGCUACUGAUGGCAACACGAUUGCCAGCACCUGCCUCGCUGGACAUAUUAAAGUUUGGGACGCAACUACCGGUGACAUGCUGGCUCACAUAGACCGUAAAAAGUUCUUCAGCACUCCCCAACGUGACACCGUUAACGCGACACCAGAGCCCGAUGAGUUGAUGUCCGAUUACGAAAGUGGUUCCCCGCCAUCGCGCGGUGAAUUUGACUCUCAUUCAUUUGGUCUUUAUUCCGCAGCAGCGGGUCCACAAAAGUCACCUGGAUCAAACAGUUACCAGCGUAUUGAGCAAAUAAAAAAACGUCAUUCGACUCAUUCAUUAGACUACGAGUAUCAUCAGAUAAAUGAGUUUUCAAAUAAUGAAAAACGUAAAUCACUCGGUCGAUUAUCUAAUCGCGGAGCAUUUGAAUUUCCUGAUUUUCGUCCACUUAUCAAUACUAAAUUUAGUGUCUCUCCAGUGCCUAAACAGAAUAAAAAUUAUGAUAAUGGCUUUGACUAUGGUGAUAAUUACAAACAAUUAUUUGACCAGCAUAUUAAGACUCUCAAUGAUAUUGAUAAAUGUGCUAGCAGUGAAUAUUUAACAGGCAGUACAUCAACACUGAAUAAUAAUGACUUUUUAACAGACAGUGCUACGUCAUUAAAUACAAAUAAAACAACUCAGUCGUACAAUAUUGCGCCUAUUUGGUGCAUAGAUUAUCAAGACAAUAUAAUUGUCGUAGGCUGUGCUAAUGGUGCUCUAGAAUUUUGGGAAGGCGCCACUGGACUAUUUAAGUGUUUCUUUGAUGACGGGUCUGGGUUAGGUAUAUCAGCUGUAAAAUUAGUUUAUAAUAGAGUUAUUGCCGCUAAAUUAAACGGGUCAGUGGACUUUUUGGAGCUGGAGCAACACAACGAGGGCCAUCAUGUCGGCUGGGGAUUUACAUCCGGCCGCAGGACCCACGUGAGAACGGGGAGCGCGGGCUCUCCGAUGGAUAUUAAUAAUUUACAACCACCUGCCAAAGAAGAUUUUAGGUGCAUAAAAAAAGGAUCGCAUCGCGCGCAUCAGCAGGCCAUCACUGUGUUGGACAGCGAGGGCGGACGUGUGGUCACUGGGAGCCAAGACCACACGCUCAAAGUAUUUAGGCUCGAGGAUCUCGUUCCUAUGUACACUUUGCACGGCCACUGCGGUCCGAUAUCGUGUCUGUUUAUCGAUAGGAUAAGUCCUAUGACGUCUGGUAGUGGGUCUCAGGACGGAUUACUCUGUGUCUGGGAUUUACUUAAUGGUACAUGUGUGUACAGCAUACAAGCACAUGAUGAUGCAAUAGCAGCAAUAACUUGUUCAGCGUCAUACGUAAUUAGUAUCGGCACUGACGAGAGACUUUGUGUUUGGGAACGUUUUCAAGGUCAUCUUUUGCAUACCCUACCAGCACAUAGGGCUGCUUAUAGUCUUCAAUUAGUUAUGCUGACGCAUCAAUUACUUAUUACAAGUAAUCAGGACUCUCUAGUUGUCUGGGAUGUAAGAACAGGUGAGCCAAUGAGAGAAGUAAGAUUAGGCCACAAAGACAGUUGUGUUUAUGUUAAACAAAUGCUGGCACUUCGAGACAGCAUUGUCUGUGACUUUGGUCGGCAAUUAUGUAUUGUCAGAUUCCCCUUGGUUUCUGAUAAACUAGACUGAGAUCAUUAUUUGUCAGUGUAUAUAGCUAGCAAUUUACUUUUAAUUGUUUAAUAUAAUUAAACUCUCAUCAUAAUUAUCAUCAUUAUAUUUUUU